AUGUGGAGCACGGGAGCCGCUGGGCUGGCGCAGAUUCCCGGGCUAAGUCGGGAGUUACAGCUGUUCCUGCGGAGCUCCACCGGCCGCGGCGACGGCGCCAGGGCACAGCACAGACCCAGCUCCAGCUCCAGGCUCUGCUCUCGUCUGCCUCACCUCAGCAUCGCCAUGGAGCCCAACAGCCCCAAAAAAAUACAGUUUGCUGUGCCCCUGUUUCAGAGCCAAAUAGACCCUGAGGCAGCUGAGCAGAUCAGGAAAAGAAGGCCGACGCCAGCAUCACUCGUCAUUAUGAAUGAGCACAUGCCCCCAGAAAAAGACGAGAAGAGAACAAACAUCUCACAGGCAGAGUCGCAGAGCGCCUCUCCCAAGCAGAGGAAGCAGAGCGUCUUCACCCCUCCUGCCCUCAAAGGGAUCAAGCACCUGAAGAGCCAGAGUGAGUCAGUGUUUCCCGAGGAAGAAGAGGCGCUUGGCGAGCGGGAGGAGGAGUGGGGCCAUUAGCCAGCCCAUC